AUGAGGCUGGUGUGGAAAUCCCUGGACAAGAUGAGGUGUCUGAGGAAACGCUCCACUAUUCCCUUCCUCGGUUUCCUCAUCACCUUCCUCCUCUUCCUCAACCUCUACAUUGAAGACGGCUACGUGCUGGAAGGGGACAAGAGGCAGCUUAGGGAAACAUCAGUCCAUCCUCCGAGCUCAGAACGAUACGUUCACACCUUCAGAGACCUCAGUAAUUUCUCCGGAACCAUUAAUGUCACGUAUCGCUAUCUCGCCGGAACCCCGCUGAACCGCAAGAAGUAUCUCACCAUUGGACUGUCAUCCGUCAAAAGAAAAAGAGGAAACUACCUUCUGGAGACCAUCAAAUCCAUCUUCGAUCAGUCCAGUUAUGAGGAACUGAAAGAGAUUGUGGUUGUGGUCCAUCUGGCAGACUUUGACCUGGUCUGGUGUGAGAACCUGGUGCAGGAAAUCACCAGGAAGUUUGCUCACCACAUCAUAGCCGGACGCCUCUUGGUAAUCCAAGCCCCAGAGGAGUACUAUCCAUCUCUGGAUGGGUUGAAAAGGAACUACAACGACCCGGAGGACCGGGUCCGUUUCCGUUCUAAGCAGAACGUGGACUACGCUUUCCUCCUCAACUUCUGCACAAACCUCUCUCACUUCUACAUGAUGUUGGAGGACGAUGUGCGCUGCUCCAGGAACUUCCUGACGGCGCUGAAGAAGGUGAUCACCUCCAGAGAAGGUUCCUACUGGGUGAUGCUGGAAUUCUCCAAGCUGGGCUACAUCGGGAAGCUGUACCACUCCAGAGACCUGCCGCGCCUGGCUCAUUUCCUCCUCAUGUUCUACCAGGAAAUGCCCUGCGACUGGCUCCUCAUCCACUUCAGGGGUCUGCUGGCCCAAAAGGACGUGAUCCGCUUUAAGCCCUCGUUGUUUCAGCACAUGGGCUAUUACUCCUCAUAUAAAGGAGCAGAGAACAAACUGAAGGAUGAUGACUUUGAGGAAGACUCCAUAGACAUUCCUGACAACCCCCCUGCCAGCCUUCACACAAACAUCAAUGUCUUUGAAAACUAUGACGCCACCAAGGCUUAUAGCACAGUGGAUGAAUACUUCUGGGGGAAGCCUCCUUCCACUGGAGAUUUCUUUGUCAUAGUCUUUAGUAAAUCUACCAAAAUUAGUAAAAUUAAGAUUGCUACUGGGUCUGACGACCGACAGAAUGACAUUCUUCACCAUGGAGCCCUAGAAGUAGGAGAGAAAUUAGUUGGGACUAAAAAAGGGAAACAGUGUUCAUCAUAUAUCACAUUGGGAGAGUUUAAAAAUGGCAACAUUGAGGUUCAAGACGUAGACCACAAGAUUGCCUUUGACAUUGAGUGUGUACGCAUUGUGGUGACAGCCAGUCAGAAAGAAUGGCUUAUUAUUAGAAGUAUAAGUUUAUGGACUACACAACCUCCCAGCCAAUGA